GCCCACCAAGCCCCGACCCGACCCGACUCGAAACACUCGGAGACCCGGAACGCACUGUCGGGAACAGCGCAGGUCCCAGCAGCUGGGGUCUCCCCUCAGCCCUCGAGUGGCCAUGUCCAACCCCAGUGCCCCGCCUCCAUAUGAGGACCGCAACCCCUUGUACCCUGGUCCUCCGCCCCCUGGGGGUUACGGGCAGCCAUCUGUCCCACCAGGCGGCUACCCCGCCUACCCUGCCUACCCCCAGCCGGGCUACGGUCACCCUGCUGGCUACCCACAGCCUGCGCCCCCUAUCCACCCAAUGCCCAUGAACUACGGCCAUGGCUACGAUGGGGAGGAGAGAGCAGUGAGUGACAGCUUCGGGCCCGGAGAGUGGGAUGACCUCAAAGUCCGACACACCUUCAUCCGAAAGGUCUACACCAUCAUCUCCGUCCAGCUGCUCAUCACAGUGGCCAUCAUCGCCAUCUUCACCUUCGUGGAACCCGUCAGCACCUUCGUGAGGAGAAAUGUGGCUGUCUACUACGUGUCCUAUGCUGUCUUCAUCGUCACCUACCUGACCCUUGCCUGCUGCCAGGGACCCAGACGCCGUUUCCCAUGGAACAUCAUCCUGCUGACCCUCUUUACUUUCGCCAUGGGCUUCAUGACGGGUACCAUCUCCAGCAUGUACCAAACCAAAGCUGUCAUCCUCGCCAUGAUCAUCACCGCGGUGGUGUCCAUUGCCGUCACCAUCUUCUGCUUUCAGACCAAGGUGGACUUUACCUCGUGUACAGGCCUCUUCUGUGUCCUGGGGAUUGUGCUGAUGGUGACCGGGCUUGUCACCAGCAUUGUGCUGUACUUCAAAUACAUUUACUGGCUGCACAUGGUCUAUGCUGCGCUGGGGGCCAUUUGUUUCACCCUGUUCCUGGCCUAUGACACACAGCUGGUCCUGGGGAACCGGAAGCACACCAUCAGCCCCGAGGACUACAUCACCGGCGCCUUGCAGAUCUACACGGACAUUGUCUACAUCUUCACCUUUGUGCUGCAGCUGAUGGGGGAUCGCAAUUAAGGAGCACCCCAAUGAUCCACCCCACCCAGGGCUCUCCCCUCCCUAGAGUGCUGGGCCCUAGACUGGGGUCUAGGCCUCAGACUCCUUCCUUCCCCUCCCGUAAUACUGUUUCCUUUCUGUCCUGGGGAGGGUGGCCUCCGUGGCUGUGUGUGUGUAGCUACCUGGUGGGGCUGGAGGAGCUGGGGACUAACUCCGGCUAGGGUGGGCCUGGCAGAGACAAGAUUGAGGUGUGUCUUCUGCCUCUACCCCUGAUGUGGCACCCCAUUCCUCUGAGCAGCUGGGGCUGAGGGCAGUGAACAGAGCCUGCUCUGUGGCUCCAAGGACACACGAGGGUAGGUAGGAGUGACGUCAAGGCAAUGAGGUUUCCCUCCCGCUUGGCUAUGGGCUGCUUCUAGGCUAGGUAGUCAGAGCUGUUUCUUCUCCCAACCCCAGUGAAGCCAGAGAGCUUGGUCCCAGCCCCCUGGCCCCACAAGCCAUUCCGUGUCUCUGUGGCUUGGCACCAUGCAGCCUGGGAAGGUAGGAGAGCUGUGCCCAUAGGUCUCUCCACUUCAACCCCUCCUUGUUCUAGUGACAUGUAUGUAGUUGAUCAGGGCUGGGCAUGGGACGGAAGGUGAGCACAGUACAGGACAGCAUCUCCCUAGCCUCCUUCCUCUCCCUCGUGCUUGCGACAGUGGUGGGAGAGCAGGCCAUUAGUAGCCAUCUGGUCCCCAUUCCCCAGAGCUGCCAGGGCUUGCUUGGGUGCUUCUGAGCUCUAGUCAGACAGCCUUCUUGCUUCCUGUGUUCAGGCUACACAGAACAGAGAUGAGGGGCAAAGGUCAGGAAGUUGGGUGGUUUGUAGCUCCUAAGUGUGGCCAGGAACUAGGGUGAAGACCGACUGGGGUGUUGGCAGGGAAAAUGGUCCCCACUUGGUCUGAGAGACAAGAAGACGUUGCCCAAGAAGACGUCCGUGUUCCUUCUGCUAACCCAGGGAAGGCCCCGAGAGAAGGUGGCUUCCUCUGCUCUUAACUCACACUGGGGGAUUCUGACUUAAGCCCCCCCUCUCCAGCCAGCUGCCCUCUUUGCUAUACUAAGUGCCUCACGCUGGAAUGGGGAAGGCCGGGCAGGGUCAGUCUGCCGGGGGGGUGGGGAGAAACAGAUCAGCCCAAGAAUAUACUUGUAAGUUCUCUGUUAAGUACUUGAUCCUAAGUAUAUCACACAAAGGGACACCCUAGAAAUGUAAUAAAGUUUUAUGUUUAGAAGUUAAA